GAGACGUUCCUGCAGCUUCACAAUGAUGAGUUUGAAUCUCUGCACUUCGCUUCUUCUCUUGUGCCUGGCCGGGGGAAGCCUGCAGGGUGCAGUAAAGCCGCAAGGAAAUGGCCGGGGGAGCCCUUACUUCCCAUCACUGAUGAGGGGUGUAGGAGGCGUGCAGCCCGGAGCCGGAUUGGGACCAGCUGGAGCCAAAGCAGGGAAAUAUCCUGGUUAUGGCACCCCAGGACUCCCCACGGGACUGGGAGCCCAGAAUGGAUUUGGAGCUGGACCCAGCUUUGUCGGCAGACCAGGCUAUGGUGUCCCGGCUGGUUAUGGACCAGGAUUAGGUGCUUAUCCACAGGCUGGGAAGCAGAAGCCAGGUUACCGAGGACUUGGCUACCCCCGCGUUGGCCUCCCCUUAGGAGGUCUCGGCGCCCGAGGCAAGCCUUCCAAAACAGGUUAUGGGGCGGGGCCCAGUGCCUACCCAGGAGCCGGUGCACCACAGGCCUAUCCAGGUGGAGUUGGCACUGGAGGCUACCUGAGCAACGGACUCCAGAAUGGCUACGGCAACGGCUAUGGAGCCGGAGGCAACGGGUUUCCUACUACUGGGCUGCAGCCAGGCGGAUAUGGGAAUGGUGCCCAAGCUCCAUAUGGGGGUCAGUUAGGAGGCCCUGCAGGAGAUCCCAGCGCUGCCAAAUACGGAGGGGCAGGACAGCUCUCCUACAACGGACAACCACAGCAACCAGAGACAACCGGCCUGGGAGGAGACUAUGGAAAUGGGAGAUACGGAGAACCCAGCCAGCUGCCCUAUGGUGUCCAGCCUGCCAGCCUGGGUGCUGAGGGCAACGGAAACGGCCUGGGAUAUAUGAAUGGUGGAGAUCCCCAAGCUAACGGUUUGGGAGCAGCAGGUGCAUACGAUCCCCUUGCAGCGGGGCAAGUCCCAGGAGGGUACGGCACAUCGCUGGGCCCUGGGCAAGCAUUGGGUGGAUACGGAAGGAAGGAAUCAAAAUAUGGGAUGAAUGGAUUUCUGGGGAAUGGAUACCGAGGACGCUGCCCUUCUGGAAAGUGCUAAGGGAAGAUGUCACUCGCUCCAUGGGUCUCCCUGCAACAUGAUUCAUGCAUCCCAGCAACCUUUGGUGCUAAUUCUGAUGACGACGACACAACCAUGUCUCCCAGUAUAAAUUAUCAUCUCUUUCUUGUUUCCUACUGUGUUUUUAUUUGUAGAAAUCUUUAAUUGUGGAAGGAGUUUUAAAAAGUCAUGCCUUCAUCUGGACCUUUUUUGCUAGCGUGUCAGAGACAGACAAAGAGAUGGGGGGAGGUGUCUAUAGGUCACACCCGUUUGUAAGAAAAGGGAUUCCAGCUCCACUUCUUGGGAAGUAACCUAGAGAGGAUCAGAUUUUGGUGUGUAUCUGGAUGCCCAGGCAGGAGUGUCUUUUCCAUUAAAAAUCAAAAU